AUGGAUACCAGGCGGAAGUCAAUGGACAAGAUCGAGUCGUCAAUCAGUCAGUUAUGUAACCGGAUUGACUCGCUAGAGACAGAUGUAACCAUUCUGAAGACGACAACAAAGAGCAUUGAAGAAGCGGCUGUCUUUCGAGACAAAGAGCACGAGGAAGUGAAGAAAGCUGUAAAGUCACUUACAAAGGACGUAAAUGUGAUCAAGCAACAGCUGAGUGAAGUGAAAGGUCGUCGAGCUGGCCAGUCAGAAGAAGUACGUGAGCUAAAAGAACAGCUUUUAGAUGUGCAGUCACGCUCCAUGCGAGAUAAUCUCAUCUUCACAGGAAUUGAAGAAAAACCUGAGGAAGACUGUGAAGAGGUUCUACACGAGUUUAUAAGGACCAAGUUACGAUGCGAGAGAGGAGUGAAGUUCGAACGAGUCCAACACUUUCCUAAUCGGACUAGACCCAGACCUAUCGUGGCAAAGUUCACAGAAUUCAAAGACCGAGAGAUCAUACGACAAUCAGCCUACAAACACCUCAAAGGGACGUCGUGCUACAUCAACGAACAGUUCCCUAAGGAGAUAGAAGACAGGAGAAAACAACUUUACCCUGUACGGAGAGAGGCAGCAAGGUCAGGUGACAAAGUGAGACUCGUAGUGGACAAGUUGUACAUUGGAGACAAACCCUAA